AUGACAAGGACCCGUAUCGAAUCUCUUCUUGCAUCCUUCCCAAAACUCAUCCCUACCAACUCCCAGCACACCUCCGUCGAAACCUCCGAGGUCCGCUACGUCUACCAACCCCUCGAAGAUCUCUACAUUCUCCUCAUCACGAACAAAGCGAGCCCGGACGAGCGCGAGAUUCAUCGCGUCGCAUUCGAGCUUUUGAGUGCUUUCGAUGAGAUCGUCAGUUUGGGAUAUCGGGAACAGGUUUCUCUCACCCAGGUCAGGAGUAUCCUGGAGAUGGAAUCCCAUGAAGAGAAAAUCCAGGAAAUCAUCGCUCGCAACAAAGAGGCAGAAGCAAAAGAAGAACUCAAGCGUCGCGCUCGCCAACUCGAAAUGCAACGUCGUGAGCAACAAAAACGUGCCGCUGCUCUCGGGGGUAUGGGUGGUGGUAUUGGCGGCGGUAUAUCCGGGUAUUCCCCCGUUCCACGUUUCGAGGCAGCCUCCGAAGCGUCACCCAUACGUACAGCUUCCCCAGCCCCGUCAGCUUCGCGGCAGCCAGCGUUCAAGAGCAGCGGUAUGAAACUCGGAAGUAGGAAGACUCGCCAAGCAGAAUUGCUCGAUGCACUGGGUGGCGAGGUUCUUUCUGCAGAAGAGAUCUCGGCACCGUCGACCCCGGGCAUCGCGGAAUCUCCCGUACCAGCAACGGCAUCCGUUGUCAAGAACAGUCUCCCCAUCGUCACACCUGAAAGUAUACACAUCUCCAUCAAAGAAACCGUCACGAUCGCCUUGUUGCGUGAAGGCGGCGUCAAAUCACUCAAACUCCUCGGCGAAAUGGGUUUACUCGAUUCGGCGCGGAUCUUCAACUCAAGCAGCAUCCCUAACGUCGCGAAGUUCACACCGGGUGGGGAGAAAGUGAUUGCGCUCAAGGACCCUUCGAGAGCUUUCCAGGUUGGACAGGCGCUUGGAGUCCUCAAGUGGAGGUAUACGGGGGACGAUGAGAGUUAUGUCCCUUUGUCAAUCAAUUGCUGGCCGUCUCUCUCGACCGAAGGGACAUGCGACGUCAAUAUUGAGUACGAACUCGAGAAUGAACACCUGAUACUCUACGAUGUCGUCAUCUCCAUUCCGCUCCCCACCGGAUCCUACCCCACCGUGUCAACACAUCCUCCGUCCUCAGCAUGGUCACUCAACCCUAAUAACCACACCCUCGAGUGGAGCAUUCCCCGUAUCAGUAAUGAUAAUGACGAUGCGACCGAGUCCACCCGUUCCGGUACACUCGAGUUCUCCGUCGGUGGAGACGACCUCGGGGUCUUUUUCCCUGUCCAAGUCAACUUCGUCGCCCAGGGAAGCGUUGCGAAUGUGGACGUAGCGCGCGUGGAACGCGUUGGCGAAGGUGCAGGAGGGGAAGUUGGGUUCUCGUGCGAAAGGGUUAUUAGUACGGAUUCAUAUCAGGUCGUGUGA